CGGUAUCAAUCAAUCACUGAUCAGUCUCCAUUCGCUUCUUCCCUCUCUCAAGAACACUAAUAGCCAACACAACCCAAAAAAAUCCCCAAAACCUCUUUUCCCGAUCAACCAUGGCGAUGGCAUUCAAGAUGGCGGCGAGCGGCAUGUGGGUGAGCGACGAGUGCAGGAACUCUUUCAUGGAGAUGAAAUGGAAGAAGGUCCACCGCUACAUCGUUUUCAAGAUCGACGAGAAGACCGGGCUCGUCGCCGUCGACAAGGUCGGCGGCGCUGGCGAGAGCUACGACGACCUCGCCGCCUCGCUCCCGGACGACGACUGCCGCUACGCAGUCUUCGAUUUUGACUUCGUCACCGUCGACAACUGCCGCAAGAGCAAGAUCUUCUUCAUUGCCUGGGCACCGGCGGCAUCGAGAAUUAGAGCAAAGAUGUUGUAUGCAACAUCAAAGAUCGGAGUGAAGGGAGCAUUAGACGGGAUCCAUUAUGAGCUUCAGGCAACUGACCCAACUGAGAUGGGGUUUGAUGUGAUUAAGAGUCAAGCCAAAUAAAUUAAUUGAUGGGGGAGGGGAACUAAUUAACCAAAGAUUAAUGUAUAAUCAAUUCAUUAGAGAAUCAUUAGGGAGUUGUUGAACUUUCCUUGAUGAUUUUUAAUGAAUUUGAUGACUAGGAUUAAUCAUAUAUUCCUUUCUCGGUAAUAACUCCCUUAAUCUAAAUCCAGACCCUCAUCCUCCUCCGUUUGACCUCUCCCUGAGCUCUAGUUUAUGGUUUUUAAGUGUUAGUGUCUUUUUGUACAAUAAUUAUGGGGGCGGUGUCAUGUAAUCAGCUAAUUUGGUGAGAAUUGGGGAACCCUCCCUGUUGGGUUUCUAACUCUCUCCUUUGUACUCUUUUGGCUUUCGUUAAUCUUAUGUUAAAGGGUGCACUAAACAAAAUACAGUGCAUCUU